CUCUUCCAUUCCAUUCCAUCUGAGUUGUCAAAGUGCUACCCGUGGAAGACUCCAUCAAAAUUCCUUCGAUAGAAUCGCUGAUUCUCUGAAACAGAUCCAUCCUUUUCUCCGAUCUUGUUUUCACUAAUCAAAUCAAUGGGUAAUCCCAAUGAACAGCCAGUGACCGCGCCUGUCCCUGCCGCCGAAGCCCCGGCCGGCGACGUCGAGGAUCAGACGCCUCAGACGGCCCAGACCCAUGGUCCAGCAUUCGGAGUAUCGGCGAUCGUUCGCCGCUGGAGAAGAGAAGAUUUUUUGAAAAGAGGUUCAUUAGCCACCAGAGUAUCCGGACUUAUCUUCUCAAUUCUUUCCUUCCUCAUAAUGGUAUGUAACAAUCAUGGAGACUGGAGAACAUUCCAUCAUUUCAAUGAAUACAGGUAUUUUGUGGCGAUAUCGAUUAUGUCUAUGAUUUACACUGGGGCACAGACGUUUCGGCAGAUUAAUGAAUUGUCGACCGGGAAACAGGUGAUUGAUCCGAAGACGUUUGCGAUUGUUGAUUUCUACGGCGAUCAGAUAUUGGCUUAUUUUUUGAUGUCUUCAUUUUCGGCGGCGGUGCCAUUGACGAAUAACUUGAGAGAGCUUGGGGAUAACUUGUUUACGGAUUCGUCGGUGGCGGCGAUCACUAUGCAGUUCUUUGCGUUUGCGGCGGUCGCGAUAUCGGCGGGAAUAUCUGGGUGCAAAUUCUUUAAUCAGCAAUACAUAUGACAACGAUUUAAGGUUGCGUUUUCAUUUUUCAUAGAUUGGAUUUUAAUGGUUUGAUGAAGGAGAAGAAGAA